UAAAUGAAAUUUUAAUCAGUGGUAUUCUCCUAAACUUGUAAUCGUAACUUGAAAGUUUAUCUAGAAAGGUUUGAUUCUGUAUCCAGGCUUACCACGUAAAACCAGGAGUACGGACCAGCGACGCCUAGCAAGUUUUUCAUUGAAUACUUUUGACUCGUUCCACAGUAACGACAUCUUUGCUGGUAAAUUUGCCUAUGUUGUGAGCAUGUGCUGAUCGAGCGUGAUGACUUCAAGCUGAAAGAACACACGUUGAGGAACUUUGUGGGUCAAGAACUUGUCCUCUAUGGUGAGCUGGGUGUGGUAGUGUCCGUAAAAGGAAUGCGGUGUUUAUCGCUUUUGGCCUCAUUGGCCAUUAUUAUCCUGUGUUUGCCGGUAGAUUCAGCCGUAGCAGACUAUGGACUAACUGCGCAAGAAAGUCGCGUGGGUGAUAUUAUUCAGGGUGUAGUUGACCAUUACCUAGGACAAAGUCGGGAUACCUCUGCCCUAUCAUUGGCGCUGCUCGAUGCUAUUCAAACUGAGAAAGUGCGAUCUCUGCUCGAUGCAGAAAACCAUAACGGCGAUGGCAAGCCGCCAAGCGCCACAGAUCGACCCGCUGAAAGGAAGAAAGAACAUCUCAAUGUAGAAAAACGUGAUACCCCUCUAUCACCGCCAGAAUUGCUCCGCGAACUGGUGGACGGUGACUUCAGCAAUCCUCUCAAUACGAUGUAUAUGGAGGUUGCUGGACAACAUAAAAAUUGUACGAAGCGCAAGCGACGCCGCAAGAAGCCGAAGUUCACCGGAAUAGGCAAUGAAAGUAGAAAUACGGCUCCAAGUUACAUCGUUGCUGGCAUGACACCCCAGACUCAACGGACUCUCACUGAGUACUCGCACACCGGAGUGCCGCCAGUGGGAAAUGUCGAUAUUCCACGUUUGAUCGCGGAGGAGCAGAGCUAUUUUGAAGAAACGACAACGCGUAGCUCAGCGUAUAGCUCCGAUGGAAGUGCAUUGUCCCCUUACGGCAUUACGGAACGACCAGGAAUAAUUCCAAAAGAUAGUGAAACUAGCACGACGGCUUCUUUUACGGAGAGCACAUAUAAACAGAGUAAUUUUGCUUCGGACUCAUCAACGCUAUUUCCACCACCAGCGUCCACUCGAUCAAGUCGGCGUACUUCUUUCGAAAAGUUCGAGCGCAGCACCCCAUUGCCACAACAGAAUGCACACGAAACCGAUGUAGUUUUGCCGAAGAGAGCCAAAACUCCAGAACGACUUCCACAAAAUGGCUUCACUGAACCGCCCUGGAUGAAUGUUGAUCCCUUGAAUAAACGAAUCUCUGCCGAAGCAGACCACGAUCCUAACUCCUAUGCUGAAGCGACAGGUUUCUCUCGAGAUCUUCUGUUAUCGCCUCGCGCAUCCCAGCUCCAAUCAGGAUCGACCACCGUCGCUCCCAAAGCUCAGACAGAUGCAUCCAGAGUUCAACUUAAGCCCGCUAGCCUUACAAUGUUGCCGACAAUGACCACGACAACUUCUACGUUAAGCGACGUAUCGCACUCAAUACCGACUGUUGCUCCGAGUUUUCCGCUCAGAACAGCUGAGCCUAGUCAGCAGCUUCGAACGUUGGUACCCUCCUCGUUGAACAAAGGUACUCUGCAGCACUUCAGCCUCUACCCAAAAUAUCCGCAGGUAAACACCCAGUCAAAGAUUAUUCUUGCCGUUGGCGGUGCGAGGUAUGCCCCAUUACCGCUGGAAGUUGUCAUGGCAUUGGGAAACAAGCGUGACGUAGCUGCCGACCAGCGAAUACCGAAGAACGACUUUAAUAACGUGCUGGAAAACAAGAACCCGCCCUCGUUUUUAGACGAGCCGCCAGUCGACGACAGCAAGACAGUCGAAGCUCCGCUGGUUGAACUUACUGCAAAAAAUGACAAAAUGAUAAUCGAUCCAUCUGUAGAGACGAUCAAAUAUAAAGGUCAGACCGUCCAACCGCCAUUACUAGUACCGACGCCUCCUUCUGAGCUGCUUUCGAUGCCGCCCCAGAUUGUUGAUGAGCAAGUGCUUGUAUUUUCGUCGCUUAACACUCCAAACGAGUCGGAUGGCAGCGAUGCAGCAAGAACCGCGCCAGCAGUUCCCAUAACAACCAUGAUUUCGAACUUCAGCAAAAAUACUCCUGCGGUUGUCGGCACGGGACGAACGAUCAUGCUUCAGCCGAUCAAUUACCCUCUCGAACACGCUCAUGAUGUUGAAUGCAACCGCACCCGCGGACUUCACGAAUGUGAUCCCCCGGCGAUUGAAAGUCGACUGCAAACGAAAGACGACCGCGAUGAUGUCCUGGGAAAGAUAGCUAUAGCCUCCAAAUCUACAACAGCAACAGAAGGAGCUCAUAAGAUUGAUCUUGAUGACGAUGAUGAAGAUGUUACGGCCACUGCAUCUCUAUCACGAUCUGCUCAAAGUAACGUUACAGCUAUUCCACGUCUUGCUAUGACAGUGAAUCAUACAACCGCAAACAUCACGAUGCCUCAAGCGCCGAUGAUUUUAAUGCAGGGAUUACAGGUGCCUGCUCCUGAGAUCGAUUCCGAUGCCGCGACCCAUGGAUAUGCCAGAGGCACUACGCGACUUCAUGUGCCAUUCGUGUACCACGUACAUAAAUCCCUUCAGUCGAAGAAAAAUAACCAGGCGCGGGAAGAUGAAACCGAAACGACGGACCCCGAUGGAAAAGUUCUGAGCCGCACGCUUAUAAGCCUGCCGAAUAAUCCACUAGCAAGACUCGCUCCACUAAAGGCUGAUUAUUAUAAAUACGGCAAGUCCUCCCUUAAAGGUUAUUUGCCCAAGAGUUUUCUGAAACUGGAACGUCUUCGUUACGUGAAGCCGGUGUCAGGUCAACAUCGAAGUAUGCUUCUUUUCGAGUGAGUCUAUAGACAAAAACAGAGGUCCAUUACGAGUGUACAAUAGUAAAGCAGCUGUGGCGGUAGAAAAGGCGGAUACCGAAUGUAAUAUCAUAAUUCACAACAGUACAUACCAUAUAUCUAUGUAACUUCCAGUACAAAUCAUCUAGCGAGAAGGCGGUGGGCGGAUAAUUUGUUCAUGGUAACUAGCACUCUGUUAACUAUACACAAAUGACCACAUGUACAGGGUUGGCUCAUAGGCUUAUGAGCGGUUCGUGUUGAGGGGGUAAAUUAGCCUCAUAGAUGCAAUCACCAAAAAAGCUGGAGAACUCAUACAGUGUAAAGCUUUUAUUCUUAUCACCAGUCCAAUACUGCCUUCUAUGGAAUAGCAUUUUCUAUUCUGGUGCACCAACUCCACCAGUAACGAUAAUAACAAACAUUAUACAAGUUCAGUGUUGUCCUAUCGACAGGCCAACAUUACACCGUGCAGGGCGCAUUUGAUAAAUGACAACUCCCAAACCAAUGUAAAACCAUGCGGAUAACUUUACAUAUGAUUGCAUUUUACUAUUAUAUACGGCGACUAGCAGGAUAGCCAUAUAUUACCACCCGUCCAUUCAAUGAUGCAAACAAGUCUUGAUGUACAUCAUGAUUCCGUCCUCUUCGGUCUCGAAAAUUAUAGCAAAAAAAUAUUAAUAACGAUGCUUCGCUUGUUUGUAUAGUAACUGAACCACGCACUAAAAAGUUAUCCUGUCAAUUAGAGUAAACCGCGCUGUUGUUUGCGAUGCAGAACAAUGUAUGAACGAAUUAUUCAGUACAAGGAUUCAUUAAAUAAAUAUUGUAUAAUGACCUAACACUGAAACUAUAUCUUGUUUGUUAUGGAGAACGGCGACAGCUCCAGAUACAUAGCUAAAUAUUUUUAAGGAAAAACGGUAAUUUAUUGAGCGGGAAGUUGAUGAAAACCGAUUGUGUGUAUAGGCCGGCAUGAAUUGGUCGAGAACAUUGUCGUAGGGGGCAUAAUUUUCUCUAGCCAAAACCACAGCCCCUUUUCGAACGACGCAACUUCGUUCGAGCUUUUUUUUGCACGACACGAUUAGUAUCCCGUAUAGCCUUACGUCUAGCCUAUCUAACCCGGGGAUAUUUUCUAGAAAAUUAAUGAAAUAUUGUUGUGUUUCCAAACCACUAAAUAUAGGCGUCUUUAACGAAUACACAAAUCUCACUUCUCUCUGCCUAAUACUGAUCGUUCUCAACAGUCGUGUUAAAUGAACCUUUGCCCGUGUACCGCCCCCACUAUGUAUUUUCUGAAUUGCAAAAAUGGUGAUGCUUACAAAGUAAACUGUACGAACACUAUUCGUAGGUUAGUUCAUAGUGUAACUAUUACCGCUUUUUCAUCUAAAU